AUGUCCUGGACGGAGGCGACGCAAGUCCUGCUUUCAGCGCCUUGCUCGCUUUCUGCGUUUGAAGCGGUCUUCGGCCUCACUGAACUCGCCUCCUAUUCCCACGGACCUCUGCCGACCUGCGUCUCCCACUGCUCUUGGCGCCCUCAUACCGUCGCCGACGGUCAACUUUCCUUCGGUCUCUUCCCCGUCGACCUUGACCCAGGCAAACAGAACCCGAAUGUCGAGAAAACCGUCUUGAUUUGCAGCUACUUCAACCAAUCGCGAGUCUACCGCCAAACGUACACGACCGGUGUCUCUCGCGUAAUCAAGACCGGCACACGGGUGUCGGCGAUGGAAGGGGAGAUCACAGAAUGGGUGCGGACGCACACGACGGUUCCGGUUCCCACGGUCCUGCAUCUCACCGCUGACAAUGAACGCACUUGCAUCGAGCUCGAGUAUGUUGAAGGAAGCGAGGAGCUGGAGAAGGCAUGGCCUUCCCUCGACGUCGCAGCGAAGAAGACGAUCGGCAACGAGCUUGUUGAAGUGCUCAAAGUGAUGCAAGAAGCGCCGCAUCCAGCCAACGGACUCAUCGCCUCGUACCAGCGAGAACGAGGGGCCGCCCUCCACUCCUUCCACCGACCCGAAUGGCCACCUUACACGCCCACGUCGUCCAUCACCAACUUCUUCGACUGUGCUCGCCAGUGCGCCCUCGCCAGCGGCAUGUCACCCGCAACCUGGGACUCGGGAAUCGCGCCGCACAUUCGCCUCGACACUCGCAUCGUCCUCACCCACGGCGACCUCCAACCUCGCAACAUCCUCGUCCGCGACGGCCAUCUCGCCGCCCUCAUCGACUGGGAGCUCGCGGGCUGGUGGCCGGAGGAGUUGGAGGCUGCGAUCGUCUUGAGGGCAUUGCUCGAUCGCCCGACGGACAUGGCUACGGCUGACAACGAGGUCGCAGCCUGUUGGUUCAUCGCCGACUGCAUUGAUCGCGCGAGGGCCGGCGAUGAGGGGGAUGUUACCGAGCAGUCGCGCCGAUGGGAGUGGGCCAAGUUCCUGCUUCAUCCGCAUGCCGCGCAGGUUGCGUAA